AUGCUUCACGGCUACACUGACCCUCUGGUUCUUUUGCUGUCUUUCUCAGCCGGCGUGAUCAUCGUAGGGAAUCUCAACAGCUUGACGAGUGCCGCUGUGCCUGUGGACUCGUAUCAGAUCAGUGCGAUCGCAGGAAUCAUCGUUCUGGUGCUCCUCGUGCUCAUCCUCCUCCUCCUCUUCAUCAUUUACCGCAAGAAACAGAAAGGCAAAGAAUCCACGAUGCCUGCGGUCACGUACACGCCUACCAUGAGGGCCAACACCGAUUAUGCCAUCGCAGAGUCGCUCCCGCAGACUGACGUCCUUCCCAACAGUAACUAUUUCUCCAACCCCAGCUACCACACACUGACCCAGUGCAGCAGCCCUCCUCACACCAACAACCUGCCCUAUGGAGAGCCGAAGAACAAUCAGUUGUUUGUGAACGUGAAGAACGCUGAUCCGAGGAAACAUCUUUCCCUGCUGGAUCACACAGGAACUCUACCGGCCGACUGGAAACAAGGAGGAUCCUUCAAUGAGCUCGGAGCUUAUGGAGUUGACAGGCGUUACAUGGGAAAGUCACUGCGAGAUCUGGUGAAGAGCGUGCCCUAUCACGCCAGCUCCAGCUCUCUAAACAGCUCAGAGAACCCAUACGCCACCAUCAAAGACCCUCCUCUGCUGCUGACCAAGAGCUUGGAGUGCGGCUAUGUGGAGAUGAAAUCUCCCGCUCACAGAGACGCGCCGUACGCUGAGAUACACUCCUCCGGCCCUGCCAACAAAAACGUCUAUGAAGUUGAGCCGACCAUCAGUUCUGUCCACACACUCUCUAACAACAACUGCAACGGGCCAUUUUGUCAAGAUCCAUACGACCUACCAAAGAACAGCCACAUCCCGUGUCAUUACGACCUGCUUCCCACGAGAGACAGCAGCCCCUCGCCCCUCAAGGACACAGACCGCAAAUAAACCCAGAGGCUUCACUGACGCACCGCAAACCUCUGCACUUCCACAGCACUCUGUUAACACUUCCAUAGCUGUCUGUGUUGACAUUCAUCCAUAUUAAAGUUCUUACUUCUGGCUUACAGGAUUCAAUAGUUCUUGUCAAGUCUGACCCAGAGUAAUGUGGAGUGUUUUGGUGGAGGUGCAAACAUUCGUAAUCUUCACAAACAAAUCAUUCCAUUCAUUAAGAACAGCAUUGCACACAAAUACAGGACAAUCCUUAAAGGGAUAGUUCACCCAAAAAUGAAAAUUAGCCCAUGAUUUACUCACCCUC